ACGGUCAGAACGAGCCGUUGUUGUGUGUACACAGACGGUAUUGACGGUCAGGCGUAGAGAGCGGAGCGGUCUCGGCUCGGGAGACGCACGCGCACACAUAAACACUGACCUGCGUUUUAAAAGGCCGCGACUUCACCGGAUUGUUUGUUUUAUAAACUACAAAACUCACUGUUUGUUCUAUUCGAAGUAAACUUUGCCUUUUUUUUUUAAUCCGGAGGUUUUGAAUGGAUUUCGCCGUGUAGUAAGAACAGUCUCAUAGCCUAUUUAUUUAUUUAUUUUGCUCUUGUUAGCUCUUCAGCUAGGUUCCGUUAGCGAUAUUUUAAUCUUCUAGCUAACUUCGUUUUGUUUUUUCUAAGUUCCUAUUUGUUGUUAUGGCUUGUUAGGCCAACCUGAGGUGUAAAACCCACCAUGUUGAGCUAAAAAAAGCUUAGCAGCAGGUGCUUUUAGCUCUUUUCUUCCCCGUUAUUGUGGUCGGUGAACGGAGUCCGAUAUGCGGCAUGUUGUACCGGAGCCGCUUCACCGUAACCGGAACACGAAGCUCGACACGAAAUCGCUCACAACCGAUUAAAUGCUUCAGGACAAUUAACGGAAAUUUUCGGGUUUAAACCACGCGUCGGUGUUUUAUAAUUCCUCCCUAGGACAAUUUAACAAGGCGGCUUGGAUAACCUGUUUUUUUUUUUGUGGGGGGGGUUCGGAUUCGGUCCCUAACGCAUCGACGAGUGAAGGGAAAAAAAAGCAGCGGACCGAUUAAAAAACCGUGAUGUUACGGAUCCGAGCGACACGUCAGGCAUGAUUUCUCAGGGAAUAAAGCUGGUCUGGCUCUAGGAAACGCAUCAACGCUUCCAUUUAUGAUUCCUCAAGGCUUUUCGCAGCCGUAGAGCCUAAAAGCUGCAUCAUGCUGGCGUGCCUGCCGAGAAGACAGAACCAACCCGCCCAGCACCCGGCGUGUGCUGCCAAGAUCCUGGACGCUCCCGUCAGCCUGAAAAGUGAUCUGAGCUCAAUGCAGUCUCCACGGUACCCUUCUGCUGCUGAGCUGGACGCCUACGCACAGAAGACGGCAGAUAGUCCGCUGUCUAUCAAGAUCUUCCCAUCCAAUAUCAGGGUCCCACAGCACAAACAAAUUGGCCGGACUGUCAAUGGCUUGGAUACAACAGGCCAACGCUACAGCCCUUACUCCCAGCCCUACUCCAGUGGCUACCAGGGUUUGCUGGCCAUUGUCAAAGCCCCCAAUGUGACCAAAGGCAUAGUAAAGAGCUCUGAUGGCAAGAGGACUAAACUAUCACCAAUCCAGAUGGCAGUAGCACCUUAUGCACCACCCAGCAGCAACAACUUGGCACACAGGCACAGGCAGAGGCCAUACAGUUUGGAGCUUUGCAAACCUCCUGAGGUGCACAACGUUCCAGUGCCACCCAAUGUCAUGGUACCAGCUUCUGCUACAUCUCUUGCUAGUGGGCAAAGUUUAGCUCUGGCUUCCCACUCAGACCAUGUGUCCCUUGGCAUAGUGAGACAAAUGGCAAGGACGUCCCAUGCCCAAGGGCUUCAGACAACUGUUGAUCAAUCCAGCCCAUCUCAUCAAGCAGCCACAGGCUGCUUGGAUUCCAACUUCAGCAUGGACAUGGCCAAGACGACGGGCUACAUGGACACUAUGGAAUAUGCGAUAUGGCAGUCAAAGCAGCAGAGACAUCAGCAGCAAAAGCAGCACUAUCAGCAGGGUCACUUACACAGGUACAGUGCCAACAGCAGCAGCAGAGCUAUUAUAAGCAGAUCUCCAGAUAUAUGCUUGCCCCCAGGUACCACUCAGAUUCCAUACAGGGCUCAUGCCCUCAGCACAGGCACCUGUGUAACAGGUGUCACACUGGACCAGGUAGGCUCAUCACCUUUGAACUGCGCUGCCAAACAUGGUGACUUCUCUGCUGGCCAGUUCUUUGCACCUCAUUGGAACAGCACGCUUGCGACACCUGACAGUGAUUGUUACAACCCACAGGAUCUGCCCCCAGGCACAGUGGGGCUUGGCCACAGCCAUGGCCUUCCUCAGCGCCAAGCCCACUGUGUACCGCAGCAGUACCCAGGUCUUGGCCUGUGUUGCGGGCUGCCCGGCCGGAGCCUGUGUCAGGCAUCCCUGCUCAGCAGUAGCCUACAGUCUCUGGAGUGCCUGAUCAGUGAGAUACACCCACCCUGCAUCAAGGAGCGCAUGCUGGGCCGUGGGUACGAGGCCAUUCAGCCCACGCACAUCCAGCUGCCUGUUUUUAGAUAGGGGGCAUCAGACAAUUGAUUCUAGAAGGUCAAAUGUUGACUGUUGGGAUUAGGAGAUGAAGCAUAGAUUUGAUAUCAGACACGCCUCUUGUGGAUGUGUGUCUUUGGUAAAGGGCUCAGCGGGUUUCUGCAAAGCUUAAAAGGGUACCAGUGCUUCUCACACCCGCAAAAGAUUGGAGUUGCAGCUUAACUCACGUUAGCUGGACUGAGUUCAUGUACUUCAAGAAGUACUCAUAUUCCACAAUUUUGCAGCAACAGGGAUUUUGUGGCAUCAUACUAUUACUUUUCAUCCAAAUGAUCUGAAUGGAACCAUUUCAGAUUAGCUGCCAAACUCUCAACAGGAAUCAAACUGCCCACUAUUGCAGGACAUUGACACUUCAGGUCUGUUUACUCCAAAACUAUAACUAAACUGAUGAUGUAUGUUUAGUGAACUCUUGUUGGCAGAAAGUUGUAUAGCCCUGCUAGUACUAAAUCAUAAUAGUUAUGAUUUUUCAAAUUGCACUGUUAUAAAAAUCUAUUAAAAUGACUCUGGAAUGGGUUGGUUUGGAAAACAUUUCAUUUAAAAAGAAAAACUUGAAAUCUUUUUCUUUAUUAUGAUUGUGUCUAUCAGUAGACAGGCAUAUUUAUAAGAUUCUUUAUUCUAUUUGUUCCAUCUCUGUUUGUGACCAAUGAUUUCUUUUUGUUAUAUAUAAUGGUUUUAUCCAAAUUUUCACCUGUUUCUGGCAAGUUGAUCUAGCUGAUUGUCGUCUACUGUAGCCAGUCCAGUGUUUUUUCUUUCCUUUUUUCUUUUUUUUAAAUGCCAUUUAUGAAUUUGAAUUACAGACUGGGAAGCAUACACUACUGAGCUGGCUCCAUCAGCGACCAGAUGUGAAGCCACGAGUUACUGUGACUAAGUCUUAAGAGUUUCAGCUGCAUUUCAGUGUCAGUGUUCAUGUUUUAUUCAUUAUUUAUUGACAUUCGAUUUUCUGUACCAUGUUAGAAGAUACUACCAGGAUAUCUGAAUAUCGGAUAAAAAGAAAUGGGGAAAAACAUUUGCCCUUGAUUUUUUUCUUUUUUUUUCUUUUUCUUUUCAAUCCAUCAGAAUGGACAGGCUUGAAGCAUUGUUGGGGUAAAAUGGCACACCGUGGGCUACAUGUUUUAAAAAGUGCAAUUAUAAUGUUGGCAGAUUAGCCCUUUCCCUAUGUUAUGCUUCACUGACUAUUUACUACUGUAUGUAUGACUGUCUGAGUUCCCCUCCACAAUUAAGAUUUGUCAAAUAAAAUCUAAUUUAGGGAUGUUUUUAAAAUCUACUUGUUUAUUAUUAUUUUUAAAUGAAUGUUGGCACUAACGUCGCUCCCUCUGGAGACAUUAAUCAUAAAUUCCGAACUAGCUUAUAAAGUCAAGACAGGCGUAACACUUAUCUUGGAAUAAACACAGCAUAAUGAGUA